AUGGAAAAGGUAACGGGGAAGAUGAGGAAGGAACGAGUGUUCGACAUGAUGGAGGACCAUGAUGGCAGAAAGAAAUGCCAUUCAUCGGCCGUUGGUGCAAAAGAGUGUCAGGAUGGCUUCGGCGAUUAUAGGAAGAUACCUCUCAUCUCGCCGGGAGACCGGAAGCACGUAAGAUUUUUGAAGCAUGUUUGGGUAUAUGACAUGGAAGAUAAAUGGUACUACGAUAGGUCUCGUGUGGAAUACGACGAGUCUUCGCGCGGAUGCGUUAUUGAUUGGCAAUGCCCGGUGACCAGAAAGAACACCCAUCACAACAAAAACAUUACCAACUUUCGGAGGGGAAGUUUGGAACGAUACAUUCUGGUGAAUUACGAAGUCACAUCCGAACAGGCAAUCAGAGCCGCGGCGGGUCAUGAUUUGGUAAAGGCGAACGUGAGUUUGACCGUGAAAAAUUUACCAACGACGUCGACGCAAGCUGAUGUCAUGCGAAUCUUCUCAAAAAGCGGGGGUGAGAUUGAUCAGGUCAAAAUUUUUCACACCGAGGAAGGCGUGAAAAUGGGUAUGAUCGAGUUACAGGUGUCAAACUUAGAUGCAGCCUAUGAUAUAAAGAAAACAUUUGAUGGAAACGAGCUUUAUGAUCGCAUUCUAAGCGUCACAUUAAUAAACAAUCAAUGUGGCGACCAUAAACCGAAGAAAACGAGUGUCGAGAACCUUGCCAAUUUGAGAUGCCAAACUUCGAAGCCGAGCGCCGCCGUUGCGGAGGAGACAAACACCAAGAGGCCAAUAUGGACCAUGGUCGACAAG